AUGUGGUCCACGACACCCACGCUAGCCUGGACUGGCAGUCAACUACAGCUGGAUUGUGGAUUGGGCAAGCAUACACAGACGGCGCCGGCGGCUCUCUACAAGAUACCUGACUAUGGACUAACAGAAAAACCUCACUUUUGGUCGCUGGGGAGACGGAGAAGCAGGACAACUCAAGCACCGCAGCGCGAGUUUCGGGCCGUGUUAGCGAGUGUGGUCGAAGCAAACGUCGUGCCUAGUGAGAACUUUAUCGCCGCUGUGGAGCAGGCUUUGGACAAUACUAAGCGUACAAUGGCGACUAAUUGCUUUGAAUCUGGUUCCAGAAUGUGA